UAUGCUUAGUGAGACCGUUGCGAGGAGACUCUGCCUCCUUCGGACGCCCUCUUCAGGUCUGAGAGCCGUGGGGCGCCCUGCAUUGCCAAGGAUCACUCGCCCGACUGUUUGUUGUUUUCCUCAUCGGUCAGGUUGCACCAACAUGUCCUCGACAGGAGGAGGACCCGCCGCAGCAGCGCACCCUGCGGUACCAGAGGCUAGCAGCGGCGUCGGUGUAGGGGGCAAGGGGAAAGACGUUCGCGAGCAGAAGAAAGCCCUGCGGAAGCGCAUCAAGUCGGAGCUGAAGCAGAUGAGCGAUGAAGCUGUCGGUGUGGCCUCGGCAGCCGUUGCGGAGAGAUUGCUUUCGUUUCCGCAGCUGCAGCAGCAGGAGGGCGGUGAUGGAGGCGGCGCGGUAAGCGUGUACCUGUCCAUGCCGAAAGAGCUCGGCACCUCCGCUAUCGUCAGCGGGCUCUUCAAGCGCGGGAAGAAAGUCUACAUUCCCAAGGUGCUGGGAGCCGCAUCCGCGGACAUGCGCAUGUUCCCGGUGCGGUCGGAAGAGGAAGUGGCCUCCUUCCCUCUCACCAAGUGGAAGAUCUCCGAGCCCUCCGAGGAGCUGGUUUUCUCGAGGGAGGAUGGCGUGACGGAGGGUGACAUUAGCGUGAUCAUCGUCCCGGCGGUGGCGCUCGACCCCACAUGCAACCGACUGGGCCACGGUCGAGGUCACUACGAUUGCUUCUUUGAACGCGUCAACAAGGCCAGCAUGGAUAAGGGUAGGCCACCGCCAGUGACGAUAGGCGUGUGCUUCGACGAACAGGUGGUGGACUGCAUCCCAACGGAGUCGACCGACGUGCGCCUAGAUUUUGUGUUGACGCCGACCCGAACGUUCAGACGAGAUGCGGAAGGCGUCGACGAUGUUAGCGGGCCCCCUUGUUGAGAUUGAAAGGGUUUUUUUUGCUGGUCGUGGCAAGAUGUUCAAAGGUGUAUCUACCCAUCGUUUUGACGCGUCGAUCGCACGGUCAUCACUUGCUUAUGUCGAACCUACGUCAGAGUGUGUCGGGCUGCAGCGGCAUCUUCCAGCAAUCAUCCCGCCGGUAAACGCAGCUGUAGAAAUGACGACCACCCGGGGGAUUCGUUGUUGGCGAGCAACAACACGACUGACUCGCGGCUGCGAGAGUACGAUGCGUACGUAGCUGAGAGACUGUUUGAACCUUGCGGACACUUGUAGAGGAGGUCCCAGAAGGCGUUCCAAAGCAGAAGCUGGGUAUUGUUUCAAAAGCAAGCCAAGCUCUACCGAGCUUGGGAACAGCAGCAGCAGAGCUGGGUAAUUGACUUGCCCAGGGUUUCC